AACAGUUGAAUUAAACAAACACUUUGUGCAAGAGAUAUCAACAAUACAUUAUACAUACAUAUAUGCAUAAAUAAAGACACGUAAUGAAUUGCAAAACGAUUAGCGAGUGUUGCAAGUGCCAAUGAAUCGCUGAUUCAUUCAUAAUUUCGAGUUGAACACAGUUCGACGACGUGUUUCUCUGCAUAAUGUUGUUCAGUAAUGGCACUUUAAGGUCCACGCUGCUUGUAAUACUGUUAUCAAUAACAAAUUUUAAUCGAACUGCUGCAUUUAACGUGUCACGAGGUGAUAUAGUGCCCGCUUUGAAUACCGAUGAUUAUUACAGUUACGAUGGCAUGCUGCAGUAUUUGGAUGAGUUGACAGCGGCUUUUCCUGAGCGUUUGUCGACAAACGAUGUGGGAACAACUUACGAGAAUCGCACACUGCGAACUAUUACGAUAACAAAUGGAGAUGGCAGAGCUGGAAAGAAAGUGAUUCUUCUCAUAGCCGCUGCACAUGCUCGUGAGUGGUUGACGCCAGUUGCUGCUUUAUACACAGUGGUACAACUCGUGCUCAAUGUUACUGCAAAUGCACAUUUGCUGGAGGAUUACGAUUGGAUUGUGAUGCCCAUGGUUAAUCCCGAUGGUUACGAGUAUUCACGCAGCACGGAUAAAGAGUGGCGCAACAAUCGUUCACCGAAUGGCGGCAACUGAUUUGGCACCAAUCUCAAUCGCAACUACGAUAUUGGCUGGCUCACUGGCUAUGCGGCUCAAACGGAUCCGUGUCACGAGCAUUAUGCUGGCAGUAAACCCUUCUCGGAGGUCGAAACUCAAGCUGUGCGUGAUAUAAUGCAGGAUUUGGUAAAGUCGGGCAGAGGAGUGAUGUAUCUAACUCUCCAUUCGAGGCACAGAUGUGUUUACUAUCCUUGGGUGCACAAGAAAACUCCCGCUGCAAAUGUCAAGCAAUUGCGUGAAAUUGCCAAAAUUGGCGCUGAGGCUAUGCAAAGUGCGGCGGGCACACCGUUCACCUAUGAACAGGCUGGCGCAGAGGAUCCUUUUGGCGGCACAAGUCUGGAUUAUGCCUACUCUAUUGGCUUUCCACUUUCCUACGCCUUGGAGCUGUCGGGAGUGCGUGGCGAAAAUGUCUUUAGCUUUUGGCCACCAACGAAUUUGCUUAAAGAUCUAGCCGAUGAAUCGUGGUUGGGCAUCAGAGCCAUGGCUGUUAAGGCCAUCGAAUACUAUCCAAUUAAUCAAACCAGUAUCACAAAUGCUUAUGACUUAAGCAACGUCCUGAAAGUACUUUUACUGUUAAGCUUAAUUACACUUUUGUCAGGCUAAGUUAAAAAUAGUGUAACAUGUAGUUGAACUACAAUUAAGUGUGCUAAAUAAUCAAAUGUCAACUGACCAUUGAAAUUAAUAUUAAGGUUCAUUCACUCUAAAGAGUCAGAAAUUAACAUAUCAAUUAUACGACUUAGAAAUGAAUGUAGAUUAAAUGUGCCUUGUAAACUGGGUUUGUAAUAUUUAAGUUAUAUGUUACUAUAUUUAACAUUUUUAUUUAUUCCUAUAUAUUGUAUUGUCAAUAAUAAUAAUUAAAAAGUUUGAAGCUAAUUUAAUCAAAGUAAGCAGUCAGA